UGGAAUGGCACGCGUCCUGGCCUUCAUCGUCCUCUGCCCAGCGGCUCUCGGCGCCUUUGCUCCGGCCUCGGCGCCGGCGUCGCGCCGCGCUGUCGCCUCCGCCGCUUCGCCGCUCGCGCCGCGCAUGGUCGCCGCGCAGGACGUGUACGAGGCCUACCUGCAGCAGGAGACGCCCGUCCGGCAAAAGAUCAAGGACCUGGGGCCGGCGGCGGCCAAGGGCGGCUCGACGGCGCUGGUGGCGGCGGCGGCGGCGGUCGGCUACGUGCUCAUGCCCUCCAGCCGCAUCGCGGUCAACGCCGUCGGCGCCGCCGCCACCGGUGCGCUCGGGCUAGUCGGUCGCAAGAAGAUCGACGAGGAGCGGCGCGAGGCGGCGAGCACGGCGGCGGCGGCGCUGCUGAAACGCGGGCUGUCGGCGGUGACAGCGGACGAGAUCGCCUCGCUCGCCCCCGCCUUUGGCGUCGACAAGCCUCGCUACCAGAAGCAGCUGUCGGAGCUGUUUCUGUACUACCUCUCGGCCUGCCUCGAGGGGAAGCAGGUCCUGCCUGCGGAGCUGUCGGAGCUGCUGCAGCUUAAGGAACUGCUCGGGAUGAGCGCGGCGCAGGUGGGCAACCAGGUCUACGCCGCCGGCCGCGCGCUCUACUCUCGCCACCGAGCCUACCUCGAGUCGGACGUCGAGUCGGAGCCGCUCGCAGCCGACGCGCAGGCGCAGGCGGUCUUGCAGGCCGUCCCCGCGACGGCGGCGCAGCUGGGCGGGAUGCGCGACUCGCUCGGCGUCUCCGAGGCGACGGCGGCCCAGCUGCACCGCGACAUCUUUGCGAAGAAGGCGAGCGCCCUCCUCUCGCCCGACCUCGGAUCCGCCGCCGCUCUGACGCCGGAGGACCGGGCGGCGCUCGACGGCGUGACCGAGCUGCUCGGCCUCGGCCAGCCCGAGGCGACCGAGGUGGUGGCGGAGCUGACGGCGCCGCUCUACGCCCAGAGCCUGAGCGAGGCGCUCGGCGCGCUCGACGCGGCCGGCGACGCCGCCGGCUGCGCGCCGCUCGUCAGCGGGCUGGCGACGCGGCAGCAGCAGCUCGGGAUGGGCGCCGACGCGGCGGCGGAGGCGCUGAGGGGGGCUGUGCGCGGCAGCGCGGCCGAGAAGCUCGGAGAGGCGUGCAAGGCGCUGCGGGUGCAGGACUCGGCGGGCGCCGUCUCGUCGCUCCGCUCCCUCCUCGACUACGCCGACCGCACCACCGCCCUCGUCGAGGCCGCGGGCGCCGCCUCCGAGUCGGGCGCGCCGCUCUACGCCGGCAUCGGCGACGGGGUGCUGCGGGACGCAGAGGUGCUGGCGCUGUACCGCCUCGUCCUGCUGCAGGCGCUGCAGAGCAAGGCGGUCUCGGCCGCCGACGCGGCCGCCCUCGAGUCGCUCCGCCUGAUUCUCGGGAUGAGCGAGGUUGCGGCGGCGCGCGUGUACGAGGCGGCGGCGGGGCCGAUCUACCGUUCGGCGGUGGAGGAGGCGGUCGCAGGCGAGCUGAGCGCGGCGGCGAAGCAGGCGGUGGCCGCCGCCCUCGCCGACCUCGCGCUGCCAGCCUCGUCUGCUGCCUCCAUCGGCCUCGAGGUUUACUCGGCGCGCCUGUCUGGCAUGGUUGAGAACGGUGCCAUCCUGAGCGAGGAGCAGAGCGAGCAGCUCAAGGGGCUGCGCGCCUUCCUCGGCAUCGAGGACGAGGCGGUGUACGCGGUGCACGAGCAGGCGUGCGCCAAGGCGUACCGCACGUCCGUCAAGCAAGUCAUGGGCAACGCGGGCGCCAUCCCGGACGAGUACUGGUCGGGCCUCGACACGCUGCGCGAGCGGAUGGUCCUCUCGCCCGACACGGCGCAGGCGCUCUUCGUCGAGGAGGCGCAGGCCAAGAUGUGCGAGUUUGGCACGCGCGCGCUCGAGGCGCUGCAAGAGGCGCAAAAGGAGGCGCAGAAGGGCGACAGCAAGGGCGACAAGGGCAUCGGAGGGGCCGUCUCGUCGGAGGUGCUCAACCUGGUCGACUUUGCGCUCGCGGCGCGCGUGCUCACGCCGCAGAGCGCCGACGGCGUGGAGACGGAGGUGGCCGCCACGUCGCUCAAGGGCAAGUUCGAGCAGCGCGCGCUCAACGAGCUGUACCGCCAGUACCUCAUCGAGGCGUUCGGCGGCUCGGACGAGGCGCAGAACCAGCGGCUGCUCACUUCGCUCGGCCGGCUCGCCCUCGUGCUCGGCCUCGAGUCGCACGAGGUGAACAAAGUCCACAACGAGCUCGGCUCCAUCAUCAUCCGCCGCUACGCAGGCAACGCGAUCAAGGCGGGGCCGCUCGGCGCCAAGGAGAUGCAGUUCGUGGACUCGAUCCGCGCGACGCUCGAGCUGCCGCAGGACCGGAUCGACGCGCUGCUCCGCGACGUGAGACUGAACCGCGUGGCCGCCCUCAUCGAGGCGAUGUUCGAGAAGAGCAACCUCAACUCUGACGAGAUCCGCAAGGUGCUCUCCGAGGCGGACCUGCUCGAGGUGAACCUGCGCGACGACCUCGACGUGCCAAAGGCGCGGCUGGAGAAGAUGUUUUCCAUCGAGAUGGAGGCGCUCAUCGAGGGCGACGAGCUGACGGCGGACGACUCUUCCGCGCUGCUCGAGCUGUGCGAGUCGCUGCAAAUCGAGGAGGAGCGCGCCGCCGCCCUCGUCGACGAGGCCGUCUCGAAGCGCUGCACCGGGGGCGUGCUGCAGGCGACCGCGUGCAUGCGGCGCGGCGCGAGCACGGAGGUCGUCAAGGAGCUCGACCGCGCGCUCAAGUUCGCGCGCCUCUCGCCCUCGUCGGUCGCGCUCCCCUCGGUGGGCGAGAACGAGAAGGGCGAGCUCUACCUCAUGUACCAGGCGCGAGCCGAGGCGGCAUUCCAACCUGCCGGCUCACCCCUCCCGCCUUCGCCCCUCGCGCCACAGGCCAACUCCGCGGCCGCCUCCUCGCCCACCGCCCAGUCCGUCGCCGACCUCGAGCUGCUCAAGACGGUCAUCGGCAUCAGCCAGCCGCAGGUGGCGUAGCCUGCGCGCGUCGGCCGGCCGCGUCGGCACGCCGUGCCGAGAGGCCGCCGCCCGCCCCUGUCAGGCGUGAUGUGGAUAGCGUCGCCCCUCCCAGUGGGCGGCCGCGAGAGGCGCGAGGGGGAUAAAAGGCGCUGGCGUGUGCGCGGCGGAGAAGCGGCAGCGCCCGUACGUCGCUCGAGUACACGGACGCGCACGGGAGCCAGGGAGCGAGAGUGGACCGAGGGAGAAGGCCGCGGGCAGUAUCGACGGCGAGGUCGCAGGACGCAGCGGCCAGGCUGCGCCGGCUGCUCCAGGGGUACUGCCGUCUCUGAGAGCAAUGAGGGGGGUGUGGGCGCGGCGGUGUGUGCCGUGCAUUGUGGCUCCUCUCGUCUCUCGUCAGGUGCUCUGCCCCCUGAGCGCUUUGCCUACUAUUGAUUCUCUGUCAUGU